GUCGCGUCAUUUUGGGAGAUGCUGUCGCUCCACCACCGACGCGGCGCCCGGCCGAUCAGCUUAUAUAUAAAUAGCUCUCGACAUUAGCGCUGCACUUGUCGUUCCUCGGAUCGAAGGCGCAAAUAUUGACGAGAGAAACGGAGCGAUCGAGUUUACUCAUUUGAGAUUUGAGAUCGGAAUAGGGAAUAGGGAUUAGGGAUCCGAUCGUAGCCAAUGGCAGAGGCAGCCGCGCCGGAGAUGAGUUUGACUGAGAAGAGGAGGAAUAAGGAUACCGGAGGAGGCGGCCUUCUCCUCGGGCGGUUUGAUGUGGGCAGGCUCCUCGGUGCCGGCUCCUUCGCGAAGGUCUACGUCGCUCGCGACGUUCGCACCGACGAGCUCGUGGCCAUCAAGGCGCUCGACAAGGAGAAGAUCGUGAAGGGAGGAUUCGCCGCGCACAUCAAGCGCGAGAUCGCCAUCCUCCGCCGCGUACGCCAUCCAUACAUCGUGCAGCUCUUCGAAGUCAUGGCUACCAAGACUAAGAUCUAUUUCGUCAUGGAGUACGUCCGCGGCGGCGAGCUAUUCGGCGGCGUCGCCAAGGGGCGGCUUCUCGAGGACACCGCCCGCCGCUACUUCCAGCAGCUGAUCUCCGCCGUAUCCUUUUGCCACGCCAGAGGCGUCUUCCACCGAGACCUCAAGCCGGAGAACCUCCUCCUCGACGAUAACGGUGACCUCAAGGUCUCCGACUUCGGCCUAUCAGCGGUGGCUGAGCAGAUGCACGUAGAUGGCCUCUUGCAUACCUUCUGCGGCACGCCCGCAUACGUCGCGCCUGAAGUGCUAUCCCGCAGGGGCUACGAUGGCGCCAAGGUUGACGUCUGGUCCUGUGGUGUCAUCCUCUUCGUGCUCAUGGCUGGUUAUCUCCCCUUCCACGACCGCAGCAUCGUGGCCAUGUACCGGAAGAUCCACAAAGGAUCCUUCCGAUGCCCACGGUGGUUCUCGCAGGACCUUGUCCAUCUCCUCCAUCGCCUCCUUGAUGUCAAUCCUCAAUCCCGAGCCACCAUUCCGGAGAUCAUGGAGAAUCCUUGGUUCAGAAAAGGGUUCCGACACAUCCGAUUUUAUAUCGAAGACAACCAAUUACAUAGCUUUAACGAUUCAGACUCAGAAGAUGAACAAUUGCAGAGUAAUCAACCAAAGCCGGAUGAGACAUACGAAUCAGGGUCAGAAUCGGAUAGUUCCGUGGCAUCCUGUCCAGCAUCAUUCUCCGACGAGCCGUACCAAUGUCAUCCAUUGUUAAGGCCACCAAGCCUUACCGCAUUUGAUAUCAUAUCUUUCUCAAGAGGCUUUGACCUCUCAGGUUUGUUUGAAGAGAAAGGGGAGAUGACCAGGUUCUUGUCCAAGGAGCCUGUCGAAGCAAUAGUAUCGAAAUUGGAGGAUAUUGCAAAGGGUGUGAGCUUUAAGGUCCGGAAGAAUGGAUGCCGGAUCAGCUUGGAAGGAACUAGAGAGGGUGAGAAGGGCCCGUUGACAAUCGGCGUGGAUGUAUAUGAGCUUACACCAUCCAUGGUUGUGGUCGAGGUGAAGAAGAAGGCAGGUGACGGAGGGGAGUAUGAAGAGUUCUGCAAUAAGGAACUCAAGCCAGGCUUACAACACCUCGUCUAUAUCUCCACCCACAUUGCCCGUGAUACUGAAUAAAAAAUGGUCUACUUGUGUUGAGCAGUUCAACUCAAAGCAUUGGCUGGUUGGUUGUCUGUUGGGACACUGGAGUAGAGGGAUUUGUCUUCAGAUACUAUAGUCAUUUGGUGGACAAAUCAUUUCUUCUCAUUAUACUUCAAAUGCUGAUUUUCCUAUUCUUUUCUAGUGUUUAUAAAUACAGUUGACAAGGCUGAACCUCUGACUAGCACCGAUCAAACUGGCAUCAGCAAGGUUUGUCGAACAUUUGUUCUCUGUAUUCGAUUAUUACCUUAUUCUUUAAUUAGGUCAUUAUGGUUUCUUCCCCUGGUUUGGGUACUUCUGUUGUGAAUUUGAGGUCAUACGUCCAUAACUAGCUAAUGAGCCUGUUGUGUAGCAUGGUUACCUAUUAUUUUGUGUAUGCAUACAAAGGUCUUGAAUAGUCAACAAGAUAACUGUAAAAAUCACACUCAGUGCCUGUAUAGCGAUGUUGUCGUUGCAAUCAAGAUUAUGUUUACUGCAAAUUUUACUGCA